UUCUAUUUGUUAACAGGUUUUUUUCUCAUGCUGUCAAUUCAGAGGCUUUAUUUAAAAUGGCCAGCAAGGAAAGUCAAGAAAAAUGUUUCUCCAUUUUAUGGAAAAUAAAAAAUUUUAGUUGCUGCACACAAAAGCAGGGAGAAAAAAUCGAAAGUCCCACAUUCGUGGUGGAUGAUCUAAAAAGAACAAAAUGGAAAUUGUGGCUCAUUCCCAAGGGAGAAACAGAUGGAAGUUGGAUUGGUUUUGGAGUUCGUAGAGAAUUAGACUGCAAAGGUGCUGAAAAGGAAGAAUUAAAAUACGAGAUAGCUUUCACUGCAGAGGAUGGCUCUGAUUUGAAAUCAUCUGGUAUAUAUAAACCUACUUUUUGUAAAGGCCAAUCGGGAUGGCUUACUAGAUUUGUGAAGCGAGAAGAAGUAUUCAUAUCUAGAAAAUCGCUAUUUCUGCCCGAAGAUACACUGAGGGUUCGUUGCCGAAUAUGGAAAAGUGUCGGAGAUAUGACAGAAGAUGUCCGAUGCACAGCUCAUACCAUCAUUGGAACCCAGAUGAGAUCGUUUUUGUGGAAUGUGACAUUCUUCAGCACUCUUGAAUUUUUUAAAAAACGCACUAAUCAAAUCAAAUCGAAAGAGGAUGAUUCGCCAUUGAUAUCGAUAGAUCUCUCUUUAAGCGGAGGAUUAAAUUCCGAAGAAAUUAUCUCUUUCGAACUGUCCCUUCAAGACAAAACUAUAAAAUUUUCUGCUUUAAGAUUGUCUCUUGUAGAUGCUUCGGGCAACAAAGAAGAGUGCAACCAAGAAGAGAUUUGGUUCAACGACCCAACUACCUAUGCACGGUUUACAUUUCCUCUCACAACGAACCAGUUACUCGAGAAGAAAGGCGCAUAUCUCCCCAAUGAUACGUUGUCAUUGUUUUGGGAGUGUUCGUUUUCCAAGGGAAUCGUACUAGAAACGAUCGAGGAAGUUCAGUAUGGAGAUAUAAGUUCUGAAGUCAAAAUGUCUGAUGCUGAAAACGAGCAAGACAGUUACGAUAAGGCAGUUCUUUCAAAUGUUCUAAUUGAUAAUGUAAAAUCCUUGUACGACGAGCACUUCCUUUCUGAUGUCAAGCUGAAGACCAGUAACAGUGUAUUUCCUGCUCACAAGUUCAUUCUCAGUGCUGCUUCACCUGUAUUUAAAGCAAUGUUUUCGAAUGAUUUGAAAGAAAAAGCCAGCAAUUGCGUCGAUAUCGAAGACUUGGACGAUGAUACGGUUAGGCGAAUAUUAGUCUUCUCCUAUUCUGCAAGUGUGGAAGACCUUACGUGGGAAACCGCCUCCCGCUUGUACGUAGCUGCUGAUAAGUAUGCCAUAUUAAUUUUGAAGAAUAUGUGUUCUUCCUAUCUAAAGGGCAAUCUCUCACCAAGCAAUGCAUGCGAUGCCCUGUUGUUGUCUGACCUGCAUGCAGACGAAGACUUGAAAUCUAGCGUGCAGAGUUACAUACUAAAAAAUGCUAAGGAAAUAGUAAACUCUGAGGAAUGGAAGCUGUUGAUGGAAACCAAUGCGAAGCUUGCUGCUGAAACUGUGUGUCUCCAAUACAAAUGAAAUUCAGAGGGACGCAGAAUGGUUAUUCUUCAAGUUCAAAAUUGCAGUAUUUAUAGGUGUGCCAUGAGGCAAUACACUGCAAUAGUUGCGUUAUCAUUUUGAGUAAAAGUUAUUCUCAGUGGCAAUCAUAAAUUAUUCACAAUGCAGUCAUAAGUAAUAGAAUUAUAUGUGUAUUUAAAUCUGAAAAUUAUGUACAUUUUAUUGAGAAAUUUUUAAUUCGUAUUUCUUUUUUUGUAAAAUUUCAAAUCAAAAUAAACGUUUGUUA